CUCUCCACCUCUGUCCACCUUUCUUCCUCCUGUUUUCCCGUAGGUGCUCUCUCCCCCUCACUGGUUUCCUUUAGUAGAGUAGGCUAUGAACUGAAAUUUUUAGGAGAGUUUUGUACUGGUUUUCGAGUUGAGAAGUUGUCCUUCGGGAUUCCCUUUUUGAUCUGUUGAUUUCGUUGUCUGAGUUUCACAGUUUUCUCCCAUUUUCGUUCGUGGCUAAGAUCUCGAUUUCCCGGAGUUUGGAUUGAUCCCAAGCGAUAAUUUUUGGGGAAUAGUUUCUUGCUAUGGUGAAUUUGGUCUGUGCAAAUUUUGGGAACGAUUCAUGGAGGUUUGGGUACAUUCUGGUUAAUUUUUGGAGCCGGCCUCACCCUGCUCUUUUUCCUGUUCGUAGUGCAAGGGGCUCUCUGCUCUUUCUGGUUCUGGUCAGUGGCGCAGGUUCCCAAGUCCGAUGGAGGUUGAGCCAGUUCCUUGCUGCAGUGCUACCAGCGCCGAGCGCUCAGGCGCCGUGCGUGCUCGCUUGAGCAGCACUUGUCGUUGGCCAGGAGCAGACCCUGCUCAAUUUCCUCCAAACAGCUCGUGGACACCAGCAGUCCGUCAGGAGUCCAUCAGGCCAGGAGCGCCCUCAGCUCUACUCGUUCAGCAAGCAGGUUUUAUCUACCGUAAGAAUUUUGUUAUGCAAUACUAUCCAGGCAUGUACCUUGUAUUUAUUUUUCGCCCUUGCUUUGCCAAAUGAGCUCAGCGUGGAACCUGUUAUGCGAGCCUGCUUUCAUUCUUCACGGCCUCGAGGACGACUGCUCGCUCGGACGGGCUGGGCUACAUCCGCCCGCUGGCUGUUCGAAGCAAUAAGCAGCCCACUUUAAUUUGCCUGUCGUCCAAUUUGGUCAGCAGCUCAGUGAGCCGAAUACCACUGCAAUGUGCCGACUGUGCUGUACUCAGUAGGACUACACCGGAAUACAUGCAUAUAUUCUUCUAAAAGAAAAAGGAAGUAUU